CUCAACAACCCGCACCACACCCACGAACGAACCAAUGGAGAUCGAGCUCUGGCAGCUAUGGGCGACGCUUGCGUUCGCCUCGCUCCUCUACUACCUGGCCAACACGACACGCCGUACGGGCACCGGGCGGAUGCCGCCGGGCCCCACGCCGCUCCCUGUCGUCGGCAACGUGCUCAGCCUCGGCGGCAACCUCCACCACACGCUCGCGCGCCUCGCUCGCGCCCACGGCCCCGUCAUGACGCUCAAGCUUGGCCUCACCACCGCUGUGGUGGUUUCCUCCCGCGACGCGGCUUGUGAGGCAUUCACCAAGCACGACAGGCGCCUGGCCGCGCGUGCGAUUCCGGACGCCGCACGCGCGCUCGGCUUUUCCGAUCGGUCCAUAAUAUGGCUGCCCAGCUCCGACCCGCUCUGGAAGAGCCUGCGCGGCGUCGUUGCCACAAACGUCUUCUCCCCGCGCGGCCUCGCCAUGGCGCUCGACGUCCGUGAGCGUAAGGUGCGCGACAUGGUGAGUUACCUCCGCGCCCGGGCCGGGAAACACAUCGACGUCGGCCAGGCACUCUACGGCGGCGUGCUCAACCUCGUGUCAAACGCGUUCUGCUCCGUCGAUGUGGUCGACAUGGGCGGCGAGUCGGCACAGGGGUUCCGGAAGCUCGUUGAGGACCUCGUCGAGGUGAUCGCCAAGCCGAACGUCUCCGACCUUGUCCCUUUCCUCCGGCCGCUCGACUUGCAAGGAUGGCGUCGCUGGACGGAGAUACGGUUCCAGAAAAUCUUCCUCAUACUGGAUGGCAUAAUUGACCGUCGUAUGGCAGCUGCCAACGCCUCGACGGAGAAGCACGGUGACUUCUUGGACUCGCUCCUCGAGCUCUUCUCCACGGGCAAGAUGACUCGCGACAGCCUGACAACCAUAGUGUUCGAGGUCUUCGCGGCCGGGAGCGACACGAUGUCCAUCACCGUAGAGUGGGCAAUGGCCGAGCUGCUCCGGAACCCACGCGUCAUGGCAAAGGUCCGCGAGGAGAUAGACAAUGCUCAUGGCGGCAAGGAAACUAUUGGCGAGACCGACGCGGCGAGACUGCCGUAUCUCCAAGCCGUGGUGAAGGAGGCUAUGCGGCUGCAUCCGGUGGCGCCGAUACUGUUGCCGCACCGGGCCGUAGAGGAAGGCGUGGAGAUCGGCGGCUACGCCGUGCCGAAGGGUUCGACGGUCAUCUUCAACGCGUGGGCGAUAAUGCGGGACCGCGAGGCGUGGGAGAGGCCCGAUGAAUUCGUGCCGGAGAGGUUCCUGGACUUGGCGGAUCAGGUGGACUUCCGGGGUAAGGCCUUCGAGUUCAUCCCGUUCGGGUCCGGCCGGAGGCUGUGCCCCGGCCUGCCGAUGGCGGAGCGCGUCGUGCCGUUCAUCCUGGCCUCGCUGCUGCACGCGUUCGAAUGGCGGCUACCGGACGGCGUUUCGGCCGCGGAAUUGGACGUGAGCGAGAGAUUUACCAGUGCCAACGUGAUGGCUGUCCCACUCAUGGCCGUGCCUGUUGUGGUCACCUAAUGAAUGCACGUCGGUACACUGUUUUUUUCAGCAAGAUUCGUGAUGGUGCAUGUCCACAUAACAUAUUAUCUUACUCUUAUCUCUCUAAAGAAAUAUAAAAGCAUUUAGAUCA